CGCCGCCGGAACCGAAGCAGUCGUCUCGGAGGGAGGAAGCAGCAGCAGCCGAGGGGAGCGAUGGCGGACAAGAAGGGAGGAGCGCCGAGGAAGGAGGAGGUGGUCACCAGGGAGUACACCGUCAACCUCCACAAGCGCCUCCAUGGCUGUACAUUCAAGAAGAAGGCUCCCAAUGCCAUCAAGGAGCUGAGGAAGUUCGCACAGAAGGCUAUGGGCACCUCAGAUGUCAGGAUCGAUGUGAAGCUCAACAAGCACAUCUGGAGCAGUGGGAUCAGAAGCGUGCCCCGUAGAGUUCGCGUGAGGAUUGCCCGCAGGAGGAACGACGAGGAGGAUGCCAAGGAGGAGCUCUACUCUCUCGUCACUGUUGCCGAGGUGCCUGCUGAGGGUUUGAAGGGGCUGGGAACCAAGGUCGUUGACGACACUGAUUAGACUUGAGCUUUGUCUACAUCGUUAGAAUGAGUUGUUAUUUUGCAUUGCAACAGCAUCUAUUUUGUAUCCUGCAAAAGUUUUGGAGUAUGGAACAUUGCAAGCUAUCUAUUUUCCUUCAUCUAAAUUCUGAGGAUUGGUUUGUUGCUCA